AUGGGGCCGGCCGGGGGAGGUGGCGGUGCGGAAUACGAUCUGCCAAACGCCGAGGCGCAAAGUUUUGCGCCACCUGAAGGAGGAGGCGAGAGGCGCCGCGGCGGGAGCGGCUGCGCGCGGCCCCCUCCCGCGCGGGGGGCCCCUUGCGCCGCGCCCGUUCCCACUCGCGCCCUCGCCGCGCUCCUUCCCCCGCCGGCGCCACCGCCCCUCCCAGCCUCCCUUCUCCGCCUCCUGCAUCCCUACCCCCAGCGCGCCCCCCUUCCUUCCUGUGCCGGCUUUUCUUCUUUUCCCUCGCGGGCUGGGGUGGCGAGCUCAGCUUGGAGCCUUAACCCCACCCCCACCCCAAUAAAUAAAAGGGGAGUGUUAAAUAAUAACAGGGACACCUCCCUUCAACACCCAACACGGCGACGCAACUGCGCCAGAGACCCUGCUACGAUUCCGCGCCCGGAGCCGGGCGUCUUCCCCUCACCCGCCGAGGCCAAAUGCCAACUUCUCAAAGGAGCCGGGGGCGAAUUGGAAACGCCGCGGGGAUCGGCGGGCCGGACGCGCCGCAGUGUCUGUCUCCGGCUGUCAGAAAUGCGGGCUGCACCCGAGCCCGCGGUUGGCGAAAGUAAAGCCGACUGCGGAGGGGCGGAAAGAAGAGGAACCGCUGGAGAGAAAAGUGGUUCAGAGGCGGCCAUUCGACCGCUUAAGAGGGGGUGAAAAUUAACCCAUCGCUUCUUAUGGACCACAAAUAUCACCCUAUAGAGAACUGAUGCUAUUUACGGUAAACGUGAAUUAAUGAACAAGUACACGCACGAAAAAAGCUUCCAGCAAGAUUCUAUAGCAGCAAAGCACGCUUUAGUCCACACAUCUUAGAAAGCCAUCAUCUUCUAGCCACCAUGUUUCAGAGAGAGACACUAGAUUUAUUGGGGAAGGGGAGGCAAGGGGGAAAGUGAGGAGUUAUUUGGCUUUGCUUAUUAUUUUUUUAAAUGAAAAAAAAUUGGUGAAUAGCCAGAUGUUUUCAUAAUGAUGGGGGGGGCAUUUCAGAUUCCAUUGAAAAAAAAGUGUAAAGGACCAUUUUAAUAGAGUGUUCAUAACAAAACGACGAAGCAAUAAAGGUUGAAGUAAAUGUGAGGGAAAUUUACAUAGCGUGCUUAAUGGGUGUGAAUAUUUCAAGUAGGAUUUUAUGAUGAGAAGGUUGUUUGACAGUGUCUGAUCACCUAGAUAUAUCCCCAGGAAAUUUGGCAACCGAGUAUCCUUCCUAGAAGUGGUCUCUUAGGGUGGUUUCCCAGGAAUCUGGCACUUUUGGCAUUACUCUGCUGGAGGCUGAAUGACUGCUCUCUACUGGGGGAAAAAAAAAACAACCUACAAAAACACAAAACCAAUCAAUCAAAUAACAGCAAAAAGUAGGUCUAGUCUGACCUUAGAGAGCAGUUUUUGAAAGCUGCUAAAGACAGCAGAUAUACUCUGUCUUAAGGUCUGACUACCAAACAAUGCCAACCAGGGGUAGGAGAUGUGAACCCCAGGCAGAGAUGCUGUUGGUGGGUUCAGGACCAGACCUUCUUCUCUCCCAGGCUGGUGCUAUUACCUGGGGGUGUUAUUUUCAAGUAACAGCCUGGAGUUGUUUUGUUCUUCCAGCUAAGGUCGGGGCCAUCCCCUUUUACAGCAGAGGAAACGGAAAGUCAUAUCUCAGCAAGACUUGACUUAAGGG